AAUAAUUCUUUCAUGAAUCUCAGAUUUACCGAGACAUUAAAACAGCAGAGCAGUUAACGAGCACGAAUCAUUUUCUUUGGGAAACCCUAGAAUUUGAUGUGAGAUUGUAAAUUUGUAAUGGAAGACAUGAGGUAAUGGUUCGCAUCUCGAUUUCUGCUGUUUGCUGCGUCUCGUCUCGUCUAGUCGGGGGAGAUAAGUGAUAUUUGAUUCCCCACACCCUCUUUUUCUCAAGUAAGGCUUGGUUGGUUCUUUCUUGAUCUGGGGCAGUUAAUUUUUGGUUCAGCCUGGGAGUUCGGUAUAGAUUUGGAUUUGUAUUCGUGCUUCUGCAAAUUUAAUUCUAACAAAGCAGCCUGCUUUUGGUGGGAUGGUGGGUUGAUGGUUGUUGUGGUUCGAUUUAUUAGUGAAUUUAGAUCUGUUUUAUCGAGUGGAGGAUUGGUUCUGUUCUAGGUAUGCAUAUAUUGAUCCGUUUUCUGAUAAUGCUGUUGCGGGAAAGUUGGAUUUGAUAGCCUUGGGGAAAAAGUGAGGAACUUUCUCCUUUCCAGUGAAAUUCGUAGUUCAUAUAUUUGAAUUUAGAACGAGGAAAAUUUUGCAAUUGUGCCGGAGGUUGGUUGAUGGACAAUGUGCGAAGCCACUUUCGAGGUUGAAUUGGAUUUAUAGCACUGCUGUUGCAUUGGUAUUUUGAAGCAUAGUAUGUGAGAUUUAGCGAAAUCCAGAAGUUGGUCUGCAAACGGGAUUUCUGUGGUUAUAGUUUCUUAAGUUGGAUUUUUAUUUGGUGGUGGUUCAGCAGUUUUUAAUGAAUUUUGUGUGGAAAAGAAUUCGAGAAUUUUGAAUGAGAGGGGAUUCAGAGCGAGAAGGGAAAUGAAAGGGAAACCUGUGAGUCUAGAAGGACGAUGACUGGAGGGUCAUUGGGUCUUCGUACAGGGAGUUAUGGAUCACUGCAACAACAUCUGCAGAACAGUGUUGUGUUGCCGAUUCAAACUACACCCGUCACCCUGCGCAAGCCCUCGAAGAUGCUCCUACCUGGAUACAGAGAGAAAGAAAAGUUUCUUCCUCGGAUCUUCAAAUUCGCUGGCAGAAGGAGGGUAGGAAUGCUGCUUCUGCUGGUCGUUUCUGUUGUGGUUUUCAUAUCAGUCUUAUCUGUCGUUAAUAAAGAUGAAGAUGCUUCAGAAGGUGUAGUUCACCAUACUCGAAUGACUCAAAAUAUUAGACCAAGCGAUAGCAUCGCAUCAAGUUACCCUGAAUCUUCCCUGAUCCAUGGAGAACAAUAUAACAAGAAGGAUGCUAGCUCUCUCUCAAAAACUGUUGUGUCAAGAAUUGGUGCUAACAGACUGAAGCCUCCUCUGCCUCCAGUAAUCAUGGGGACUGCUCUGCUACCGAGUCAUCCAUGUGAAAAGUUCACACUUCCACCUCCACCGGCUGAUAAAAAGCGAACAGGACCAAGACCAUGUCCAGUAUGUUACAUUCCAGUAGAGCAAGCAAUGGCCCUCAUGCCAAAAUCCCCAUCCAUGUCUCCUGUACUCAGGAAUUUAAGUUAUGUAUAUGAAGAAAACUCAAUUAGAACCGAGCCAUUUGGAGGAUCUGAAUUUGGUGGAUAUCCUUCUUUGAAGCAGAGGAAUGAUUCUUUUGAUAUAAAAGAGUCAAUGAAUGUGCAUUGUGGAUUUGUUAGAGGAAGGAAACCUGGCCACCAAACUGGAUUUGACAUUGAUGACACUGACCUUCUUGAGAUGGAGCAGUGUCAAGGAAUUGUUGUUGCAUCAGCUAUUUUUGGAAACUAUGAUAUUAUACAACAGCCAAAGAAUAUCAGUGAAGCUGCAAAGAAAAAUGUUUGCUUUUUCAUGUUUGUUGAUGAAGAGACAGAAACAUAUAUGAGAAACUCUAGUGUUCUGGACGGAAGCACUAAGGUUGGAUUAUGGAGAAUUGUUGUUGUCCAUAACCUUCCUUAUGCUGAUGCAAGACGCAAUGGAAAAGUUCCUAAGCUUCUAUUGCAUAGGAUUUUCCCUAAUUCUCAGUUUUCUAUAUGGAUUGAUGGGAAGCUUGAGCUUGUGGUGGAUCCAUAUCAAAUUCUUGAGAGAUUUUUGUGGCGGAAGAAUGCUAGUUUUGCCAUCUCUAGGCACUACAGACGCUUUGAUGUCUUUCAGGAAGCUGAAGCUAAUAAAGCUGCUGGGAAAUAUGACAAUGCUUCUAUUGAUUACCAGAUUGAAUUUUAUAAGAAGGAAGGUUUAACCCCAUAUUCUCAAGCUAAGCUUCCGAUCACCAGUGAUGUUCCUGAAGGAUGUGUAAUCAUAAGGGAGCACAUUCCUAUUACCAACCUCUUUACCUGCCUCUGGUUCAAUGAAGUAGACCAUUUUACAUCAAGGGACCAACUUAGCUUUUCCACCGUAAGGGACAAGAUCAUGUCAAAAGUCAAUUGGAGUAUCAACAUGUUUUUAGAUUGUGAAAGGCGCAACUUUGUGGUUCAGGCAUACCAUAGAGAUUUAUUAGAGCAUAUGGCACCUCCAGCAGCAGUCACUAAUGAAGCCCCUGCAAAACCAUUACCUGAGAUUGUAACUGAUAGGUCUGUAACAACUCCAGUCAGGAAGAUCCCCACAAAACGUGGGAAAGAAAGAAGAUCUGGUUCAAGACGUCACCGUUCCAAAACCAUCACAGUUACUAGGGAUAACAAUAUGAUUUAAUUUUGUAGUCAAUAUAUAUAUUUUUUUCAUUUCCUUGUUUCUCAAUUAUUCAUUAGGGAAUAGGAGGAUUCAGGGAAUGAGUGUAGUAGGCCUGUUCUGAAAGAAAGCAAUAGGGAUAAUUUUUGUCCGGAAUUGUCGAUAUCUAUUCUUUCUUUUAUUGUAUAUAUAUAUAUAUCAAUUGCAAUAAAUAUCACGAUCUGUUAUUUCCCCUUGUCUA